AUGGAUGACCCCCUCCAAUCCCUGAGCAAAGGCGUCUUCGUUCUCCCAUUUAGUCCUCAAGAUGAAGCUACAGAAGUACCACCUGAUCAAAGCGAGCCUGUGGUUCAAGAGCUUUUUGACGAAAUCUACGCUUCUACUCUCAACUCAAUAGAGGAGGCCUAUUCAGUUUACGAAGAGCAGCGAACACAGCAACAAAUAUCGAAUGUCUUAAGUUGGCUGGAAAGAUGUAAUGAACCACAGACCAUCCAAUUAAUUCGGCCUAUACAUCGUCUACCUGUGGCUGUCCUCCAGAACGCAUCGGAGUCUUUACCUUCCCACUUCUCACAGCUUGAUAUAUAUCACCACACAGUCCAGGGUGCCCGGAGCUUUACAGAUCUCGCAUCUGCUAUCCGCUCCAUCGCCAUAGGAUUCAUCGGAGAUGCGACCGUAUCUGGAAAACGAACUGGGAGGUCAGGGAUUGAUGAGCUAGAACUAUGGUGGAAGUCGAAAACUGAGAGGCCUCUCUUGAUACAUGUGCGAGAUGCGCAGAUGAUCCCUUCAUCAGUGUUGUCGGAAUUGAUCUUUACCCUCACGCUACAUCCUGCCAUCCCACUGCGUGUACUUCUCUCUGUCCCUUCUUCGGCGGUCUUUCUCUCUACGUGGGGACAUAUAGAACCCAGUGCUGUGGACAUGUGCAUCCUACAAGCUGGCCGUAUCAAGAAGAAGGCUGGAGGAGUUGAUGCUAUCAUCAGGGCUUUUGAGCGUGCUCCACUGAAGAUUUCUGACAACCUGGCCGACGAGUUGCUGACGCAGGAGGAUCAGCUUGAUGGAGGACCCGCGGCUGCUUUGAAAACCCUAAAGUGGGCUCUUCUGGACUUUUAUGUCGACGGCCCCUUGGCGGUGAUCAUUCAGAACGCCGAUACUGCUGAAAAACAGCGCAAGAUUUUACAAUUGUUCAAAAUUAUCCGUGCGAACCCAGCGAAGCCUGAUGUACCGGAAAGCGUCAAAUAUCUACUCAAUUUGACUCUACAUGACAACCUCUUAUCUGUCCAUGAUCCAUCCCCCAGACUAUCUUUUCUCCACGCUCUCUCCAACCCCGAACAAUUCGUCUCGUUAUUUGACGCAUACAAUGGGCAAAGCCUCUCUACCGACGCCAGAGACAUCGCCCCAGGGCCUUCCGAACGUGCCGAAAAGCAAUCUGCUGAGCGCAGCAACAAGAGACCAAGGCUGGAGGCGCCGCGCAAAGACGAGAGCGUCAGACAAGUGGAUCUGGCGGAAGAGUUGAAGAGGCUGAAAGUGCUCUUUGGAAUAUGGAAAGAGGCUGGAAAAUCUGUAAAUCUCUGGGACUGGCUGGAGGAAUUCCGAGAUGUCAUGGACGAGAGCAAUGCCGAGGGGAAAGAAAACGCGGGGGGUCGUGGAGAAGGAGAGGGCAAAGAGUCGGAAUUGGAGAUUUCAGAAACGCAUGCCGAACAUGGCGUAGGAGGUGCGAACGGGAACAGCAAUGGGGAUAGGAUAGGUCGCAAACAGGAGGCUGAGGAGGAGGAGAGACUUCACGCGAUCUUUGUGAGAUUCGUCGAAGAAGCCAGGAUGUUGGGGCUCAUACGAGCUAAGGGGAAGAAGGCGGAUGAAGUUCUCAAGAGCGUGGGGCUGAUAUAG